AUGAAGCAAGGUGAUACCAAAGACUCGUCCAAGGCUGUGAUGUCAGGGGCAUGUUCUAUCGAAGAAGCACAGCCAGCAAUACCUGAGGUAACCUCGUCAAGCAAGGAGAAUUCGCUAACCGAUGGGGGGUGGGGAUGGGUUGUCUGCGCGGGCGUUUUUGUGGUGAAUUUCCUGACUGUUGGACAACAUAAUUCAGCAGGGGUAGUGUACGUGGCCAUGAUGGAUGAGUACUCCACGUCAAGGGGAGAAACAGGUAACCCAUUUGAAUACUGUUUAACCUUUUUUAGGCUAAUUAAGUCCUUUAGAUUUUAAGGCGAGGACGACCACGAGAACGAGAUUUUCUCAAUACCAAGUGAGAUGCGCGCGUGAACCCGUCAUUUUGGCGGGAACACGUGAUAGCCGUCGUCACUCUACUACGAGGUUUAGCGAAAAUGGCGUAGUGGCGGGAAAACAUAACGUGACGUAAAGAUUUUAACAUUAAAAAACGGGAGAGGACUUAAUCUCUUUAAAUAUAUAAAAAUUUCCGUGCUAACUUUUCUGCUGAAAAGAAGUAAAAUGAAGCUUUUGAGGGUGACUAUUUUUUUGAGAAUACGCGAAAAAAGACUCAAAUCUCGUCCUUGUCUCGUCCUCAAAUUCAGUUCUAUUCUUUUGCUUUAGAUUAUAUUAACUGUCUUUUCUCCUCUCAGCUUGGGUCACUUCACUGGCUUCCAGCAUGAUGUACCUGUUCGCUGCUAUGGGCACCGCUCUGGCUGAACGUUACGGAAGUCGAGUAGUGGUGAUUGCGGGCUCAUUUGUAUCGGCUGCAGGACUCCUCACCAGCUCCUUUGCAACAACACUUCAACCUCUGUUCGUUACAUAUGGUGUGAUUUGGGGCCUGGGAUCAAGUCUCGGCCUAUUCCCCUCGCUUGUCAUUCUAACAAAGUAUUUUAAGAAACGUUUGAGCUUUGCAUCCGGGAUAGCUCUUGCUGGCGCCGCUUCGGGGGGACUGGUAUAUGGCCCAUUAAUACAGAUGCUAUCGUCCGAAUUUGGCAUUUCGGUGACGUUUCAAAUUCUCAGUAGUCUACAGAUCUUGAUGUUUUUAAGCGCGCUGACUUUUGUUCCUUUAGCAGGGACAAACGUUCGACAGCGUAAUACGGUGGUUUUCGACCUACAAGUUUUCAAGAACAAAUCUUACGUCAUCUGGGUUAUUGCGCAUUGUACGUUCAUGGUGGUAUUUCUUGUGCCUUUUGUUCAUUUGGUAAGCUUUUUGUUUUUGUAUAGUACGUAACAGUGCUACUGUUGAAUCGAACCUGUUCACUCUCACAGUCAAAAUAAUUGUGCCGGGAUACGUUUGAGUCUGGAAGAAAUCCUAUGAUGUGACCAUUCAAAUGAAAGCUAUUGAGCAGUACUUUCCUGUGGUACUGUUUAUUAUGCUGUUCAAGGUGAUUCUCACUUUUGAGUUCGUAGAUGAAAUCCUACGGUUUGGCCAUUCAAAUAACAGCUACUGAGUGGUAUAGUAUUUCCUGUGGCACUAUUCAUUUCCAUUACAAGGUGGUUCUAACUUUUGAGUUUGUGGGCGAAAUCCUAUGGUGUGACCAUUCAAAUGAAAGCUACUGAGAAGCACUUUCCUGUGGUUCUGUCUAUUAUGCUGUACAAGGUGGUUCUAACUUUUGAGUCUGUGGAUGAAAUCCUACGGUCUGGCCAUUCAAAUUAAAGCUACUGAGUGGUAUAGCAUUUCCUGUGGUACUAUUCAUUUCCAUUGUUUCUAACCUUUGAGUCUGAGGAUGAGUACCUUCCUUUCGUUCUGUUUAUAUUUCUGGAGAAAAUGGCUUUCGAAUGGAAGCUACUGAACAUAACUUUUCUAAGGUGCUCUUUUUUACAAGGUAGUAAUAAACCUAAACCUGAACAACGCGUGGUUUGGGGAAGACUGUUAAAUCAUUGCUGUAAAAUCUGACCAUAGUUAAUAGAUUGGAAUGGUAAUGAAACCAGUCAGACUCCUUUGUUAUAUGUUUUUGUGGGCUUGACGGUCCACAACGUUCAAUAGCAUUCCCAUCAUUUUGAUCUUGCUGACCAAUAAAAACGUCACAUUAAUUUAUUUCGUUGCAAUUUGCCAACAGAAAACAAAGGAUUAAUCUCCUUCAGGGAGCUUCCAACAUAUUUGAUGUUUGUUGCCUUUCAUAACCAGUCUCCUCUAAUAACUACGAUCUGACCAAGAUUUUUAUCUUUCAUUUCUGACAGGUACGCUUCGCAGAAGAUAAGGGUGUCAGCAAAUCAAAUGCCUCCCUAUUAACAGGCUUUAUGUCUGUAGGAGGAAUAAUCGGCAGUUUAUUGUUCGGAGUUUUGUGCGAUUACCCACACUUCAAAAGGCUCAUAGUCUGCCCCACGGCUGUGCUUCUCAUGGGCUUAAUCUGCGCGGUUGUUACUAAGGCAACCAAAUAUGAGUGGAUCAUUGUGUGCGCGUUUUUCUUUGGAUUUUGGGACGGUUGCUACGAAAUGCUUAUUCCUGGUGCUACUCUAGAGAUCGUUGGCGUCCAAAUGGUUGGUUACGCAAUUGGUGCUUUGUACUGUUUUAUGGCUUUUCCUAAAACGCUAGGCCCGCCAAUAGCAGGGUGGAUUUUUGACAUCUCAGACAGCUACAGCGUAUCGUUUUUCGUAACAGGUGGCGUGGCAGCUUCAGCGGCGGUCAUCAUGUCUACGAUAAACUUCGUUAAGCCUUCUUAUGAACCUGACGAAGAGAUAGCAAGAUUAUUGCCUUCACCAGAGUUCGAAAAAUUGGGCUCACGAAGAAGGUUGAAGUACACCGAGCCUUGUUAAUCAUAAUCCGAGGCCGAGUAUGUUGCCGAGCAGAAGGCAUGGUCGGACUCCUGGCCCGGGGGAUCGAGCACAAAGCGCGAGGCGGGAAGACACAAAAUAUCGACUUCGAGCCAGACGACAGAGAGGCUGGAAGUAGUCAUAUGGAGCAAGAGACUGCUUCCAGGCGAUUUUUUCUUCACGUUGCGCUCUGCGCUAAUCUGUCGCCUUUCACCCUCGCUUCUCGAAAAAUAAUGUGACAUAGAUUCGUGAUUUUGAAAACAAGAUUCAGAUCAAAUGAUUUAUGAUAUGUUUUAACAGUGAAGUUUGGACACUGUUAAGGAUACAAGUUCCAUAGAAGCAAACAGAAUAAGUUGUAUGGAACUUAUCUGUUUGAAAUUAACCAUUAAAACGAACGGCGCUUAUAAUGUUUCCCUGGCAAAGAAAGAAAACUUGUUAUGACAUGGAGAAUUGGGAUCAUUAUAACGAUAAGGAGAGAACAAGAUUUUUUUAGGUAGAGUUUUAUUUUUAUAUUUUCUUGCAUCACUCAACUUUUAUUCUAUAAUUAUGCAGCUAAGUAGGGAAGACUCCUCUCCAAGGUCCUCUAAGGCUUUUUACUGCUGGAAAAAAUGAUCAAUCACGGGCGUCAUAGAAGAAGCUAACGUCCCACUGUUUAACAGAAAAAGAGAGUCGAUUUUGUCAAAUAUGCAUCUCAUGAUUGUAACAAAAAGUUAUACCUGUGUAUGAAUUUUAAAAA